GCGCGAGUUCCGCAUUUUGGAGCUGGGGGCUUGGGUGGGCGGCUCCGGUCGCGCGGCUGGCGGGGGGUCCGUGCGUCUGUCCGCGGGUGCUGCUCGUGGGUCUGGGGGCGCCGCCGCCCCUCCGUCCGGGUCGUCCGGUCUCCGCCCCUUAGGCUGCUCCGGGCCUGGCCCCGCGGGAACGAGAUGAGCUUCCUCUUUAGCAGCCGGUCCUCCAAGACCUUCAAGCCCAAGAAGAACAUUCCAGAAGGCUCCCAUCAGUAUGAGCUCCUCAAGCACGCGGAAGCCACUCUGGGAAGCGGGAACCUGCGGCAGGCCGUCAUGCUGCCCGAAGGCGAGGACCUCAACGAGUGGAUCGCUGUUAACACCGUGGAUUUUUUUAACCAGAUCAACAUGCUCUAUGGGACGAUCACAGAAUUUUGCACAGAAGCAAGCUGCCCGGUGAUGUCUGCAGGCCCCAGAUAUGAGUACCACUGGGCUGAUGGCACCAACAUCAAGAAGCCAGUUAAAUGUUCUGCUCCCAAAUAUAUCGACUACCUGAUGACGUGGGUCCAGGACCAGCUGGAUGACGAGACGCUUUUCCCCUCCAAGAUUGGGGUCCCGUUCCCCAAGAACUUCAUGUCGGUGGCCAAGACCAUCCUGAAGCGCCUGUUCCGGGUCUACGCGCACAUCUACUACCAGCACUUCGACGCCGUGAUGCAGCUGCAGGAGGAGGCGCAUCUCAACACCUCCUUCAAGCACUUCAUCUUCUUCGUGCAGGAGUUCAAUCUGAUCGACCGUCGUGAGCUGGCCCCUCUGCAGGAGCUGAUUGAGAAGCUUGGCUCCAAGGACAGAUAGACGCCCCAGCAGGAUGACCCCCAGCCUGACCCAGCCCCCAGCCCCACCCCCGAUCAGGGGUCGCUUCCUCUUGGUCAGUCUGGGUGCUCACUGGGACCGACCCUCCUUUGUCUCGCCUGGAGCCAGACUGGCCAAAGCUUCUGCACCCGGGCCUCGGGCGGCCCCCGGAGCCCUCCUUCCUUCCUGGGCCGGGGCAGCCCCCGGAGCCCUCCUUCCUUCCUGUUCCUCCUGCCCCUUCCCGGGCCCGGGCCCACCUGGGUACUUCACCGCAGCCAUUUCUUCUCAGUCCCUGCAGCCGCUGCUCCCUUGUUCCCGGGGGGUCCGGUGUCCUUCGGGUU